UAGUUAUUCUGCUGCUCUCGUAGGAAAAUUGAUUUCGGAAGAAACUUUUUUUCUUCAUUCCGCGAUCGAAUAAAACGUUAAAAGCCGGUCCAAACGCCUUGGAUUAACGUGUUCUAAAAAUUCCAAAAUAUCUGCUUAACCAGAAACAUGUAUCGUUUGGCCUUGAGAGAGCCUUGCAAAAGUGCUCUGCAGAGAACCCUGCAACAACAAUCACGCAGACAAUACAGCAACAGUAAUGGCUUACCACCAAAUGUUAGAGAAGCUGGCUUUGGUAAAGUGAUUGUAUUCCUAACACCAUUGGCAGCAGUUGGCGGUGCGAUAACAUAUGCGAAAUACGAUAAAGAUUUUCGAAAAAUGCUGGAACAAAAUGUGCCCGGUGCCGAGUCCUUAAUUAAAGUAGCUUUACAAGAAGAAAAACCUUUCCAAGGUGUUAGCCAACAAAUUGAUAGUGUUAAAAAACAAUUCGAUAGUGUAGCCAAAACUAUUGAAAGUGCCACUUCCACAGUGACAGGUUUAUUUGGUGGCUCCGACAAAGAUGCCGCUAAAAAAGCUGAAGAAGUUAAACCUAAAGCUGCAGUACAAAAAAGUGUUCCUUUAUCCUCUCCUCCUAAAGCUGCCGAAAGCAAACCAGCUGCCAAAGCUGAACCUCCUAAGCCCGCACCCAAACCCGUGGAACCAUUGCCCUCAAGUGUUGUAGAACUUGAACACGCUGUAGAACAUGCCGCCGCUUUGGCCGUAAAAGAAUACAACAAAGCCAUAGAUAUUCUUAAAAAUUUCAACAAUGAUGUCCGUCGUAUUGUUGAUGUGGCUGUCGAAAAUGUAGACACCUCCUUGUGGACCUCAUUAAGAAAUAAAACUAAUGCUCGCGACAGUUCUGUAGCUACUGCUGAACAGUUAGCUCGUGAAGCUUUGGAAAAAAUUGAAAAAUGUGAAAUUGCUUUGGCUCAGGCUGCUAAACCUGAAAAUCAUGAUCAAAUCUUGGCUGUUCGUAGCAAGAUUAAGAAAUUGGUCGAUCAUAUUAAUAAUGUUAAAGAUGAGCUUUACAAGAACAAAGAUAUUGCCAGUAUGUCGGAAAAAUACUGGAGAAAUGUCGAAAAAGCACGCAACUAUUUCGUUGAUGAAAUCGAAUCAAUUUUCCCCGGUUUAAAUUUGGCCGAACAAAAAUUGAAACUUUCCCAAGAGGAUUUGGAUCUUUUCAUUACACACGCCUACUCGCAUGUCUUGGCCUUGCAAAAGGAAUUGGAACGUUUGCAAACCGAUGGUGAACUGCGUUUAAAACGUGCCAUUGAUGCUUUGCGCGGUGACAGUGAUUCCGAAGCGGUUAAGGCUCAAUUGGAAUAUCUCUUGGAGGCAGAAAAACGCAAGUUGGCUGUAGAAAAUCAAAAGAAAAUAUUCCAAAUUCGUGCCGAUACUGAGAAACAAUUGCGUCAACAGUUGAAACAACAGGCUGAAGCUCAUGUCGAUCAUUUGAAAGACGCCAUUAACUCGAAGGAGAAUGAAAUGAAACGUAAUUUCUCAAAGGAAUUGGAGGAUAAAUUGGCCACCGAAAAGGCUAAUUAUAAAUUGCAAUUGGCUGCUAUGUUGGGUAAAAUGCGCGGUAUGGAUGCUGCUUUGCAAGAAAUUGAUGAAGAAUUGAAAGCUCGUGCUGAAUCUGAACGUUCGGCCCAUCAAGCUCAAGCUUUGUGGGCUGCUUGUCAAGCUUUAUGGGCAACUGUAAGAACUGGUGAGCCUGGUGAACAUUGGAAAACUAAAUUGCGUCCUUUGAAAAAUGAAAUUAAGGCAAUUGCUAAAGUUUCAGAGGGUGAUGAACUAGUAACUGUUGUCAUACAAAAUUUACCACGUGAAGCCCAAGAACGUGGUGUUUUCCCCGAGGAUGCUUUGCGUGAACGUUUCUUAAAUGUUGAACGUGUAGCACGUAAAUUGGCUUUGGUACCCGAAGAGGGGGCCAGUUUGCCCAAAUACUUCUUGUCCUAUUUGCAAUCCUUGCUAAUUCUUAAGCCCAGCGAUCCUAUUUCACAAGAUGAAUUACAAAAUAAGAAAUUCGACUACAGCAAAUUGGAUACCUAUGAUAUUUUGAACAGAGCUAGAUACUUUGUUGAUCGUGGCGAUUUGAUCAUGGCCUUGAGAUACAUGAACCUUUUGCAGGGUGCCCCCCGUAAAAUAGCUUCCGAUUGGUUGAAAGAAACCCGUCUACUGUUGGAAACUCAACAAGCUGCCAACACUCUAAUGGCUCAUGCUGCCGCUAGUGGUUUGUUGUAUUUGUAAUUAUUAUUUUUUUAAUUAAUUUCAAUUAAAGAAAAGAACUUAGCAAAGAGGAAAAUCAUCUCUAUCUACAUACAUAUUACUUAAUACACAAAAUUAAUGCAAUAGUUACAAGUUGAAGUUGAAAAGCAAACUAAAAUGAAAUUAAAUAUUUUGAAUGAAAAAAAAA